CCCACCCCCGGCGGAGCCCCCUCUUCCAGCGAGCAGAGGUCUCGGCUCCUGCGCUGAGAUGACCCCUCCACGCGCCUCCUGCCUCCACCGCCAUGGACGCUCCCUCUAACUCUGCCUCCUCCUCCUCCUCCUCUGCCCCCACAACCGACGGGCAGGAUGCCAGGGCUGCGGGCUGGCCACCUCAGGACCCCUCCGCCCCUCCAGCCACCAAAGAACCCUCCCUGCCGGACCGCCCCUCCACCUCCCCUUCCCCUGCUGAGACCAUGAGGCCCAGCCCCGUCCCCCAGCCGGAACCAGGCCCUGCCAAUCUCCCAGCGGCCAUCUUGUCCGCCCCACAACUCCAGGCAGGCUUCGGCCUAGUAGCACCAAGCCCAUCCCUCCUCCAUCCCUCCGCCCCCAGGGAAGAUGCCAAGGAGGAGGAGGAAGAAGAAGGCAAUGAUGAUGAUGAAGAGGAUGAGGAAGAUGGUGGCAGCACAGCCCAUCUGCUCUUCUUCCCUGAUGGCUCAGCCUAUCUCCUCAGCGGCGGCCAUGUUCUCUUACCAAAGGGCUACCCUGGCGCCACGGCAACCCUGCCGGUGUCCACCCUCCACGUCCAAGAUGGCGGCCCCAACCAAGGCUUUACGUCUACUGACCAAAUGUCCCAGAAUACCUCAGCGCCGGGCGAGCAGCCCCCAUCCGGCGCCUUCCGCAGAUACCGACUAGCCAGGGCCUCUGCUCCCACCACCUCUGCCAAAAACUCUCCCACCGAACCCAAAGAUGCCGUCACCGACGGGGAGGGGGAAGCCAAAGUUGGCCAAGAGGAAGAACCAUCAUGGCCACCGUGGCUGUGCUUGGCCUGCUGUCUCUCCUUCCGACAGGGCCGCUCCUUGGCAUCCCACGCCCUCUCAGCCCAUGGGGUGCGGCUCAGCCCCGGGGAGCGCCGGGCCCUGUCCCAAGGAGUCCCCGCCGUGCUCCAGGGCACUGCCCUCAGCUUCCUAGAACCAAAUAACCCCCCCAGCGGGGUGGACCUCAGCGCCGGAAUGUGUAGUGGAUGGGUGAAUGUAAUGAAGGAGGAGGAGGAGGAGAGAAGCCCCCGAGAAGGACGCAAGCCACCCGAUGCCAAAGAUUCAAGGGCCGGCGGCGUGGACUGGGCCAACGGGGGAGAGGAGGAGGAGCAACAGGAGGAGAAGGCUGAAGGCAGGAAGGAAGAAGGGGAUGGGCUGAGGCUUCUGCCGGACCAAAGCUCACAUGGCCAAAGCCCACCCAGAGGCACCAAUGUCCCGGAUGACCCACUGUCAGGGAAGGCCAACACCGAGCUCAACAACGAGUCCAACAGCGAGUCCAAUGUUGGGUUGGCCAACAGCGGGGUCAACUCCAACACUGGAGGGGUCCCUCUUGGCUUUGGGGAUGAUUACACGGCCAUGGCCUAUCCUGGGCUCAGUCUCUCUGGCCACAUGUCCCUGCUGCAUUCCCGCAACUCCUGCAAAACCCUCAAGUGCCCCAAAUGCAACUGGCACUACAAGUACCAGCAGACCCUCGAUGUCCACAUGAAGGAGAAGCACCCUGAGAGCAACAGCCACUGCGCCUACUGCAGUGCCGGAGGCCCCCAUCCGCGCCUGGCCCGGGGUGAGAGCUACAACUGUGGCUAUAAGCCGUACCGCUGUGAGGCUUGCAACUACUCCACCACCACCAAGGGGAACCUCAGCAUCCACAUGCAGUCGGACAAGCAUCUGGCCAACCUUCAGGGUUUCCAGGCCAACACAAGCGGCGGGGCCCAGCCAGUGCCCCCAGCCACCCCCACAGCCCCGACCCCAGUGGCCCCUGAGGAGAAAGAGACCAAAAGCAAGACAUCCUGGCAGUGCAAAGUCUGCAGCUAUGAGACCGGCAUCUCCCGCAACCUUCGCAUCCACAUGACAUCGGAAAAGCACAUGCAGAAUGUGCUUCUCCUCCACCAAGGGCUGCCAUUGGCCUUGCCCGGGCUCCUGGGACAGCCGGGGGGCAGCAGUGGGGGGAAACAGCAGCCGCAGACCGAGCUCUUCCAGUUCUAUGGGGUGCAGGCUCUGGGUCACCACCACGGCCAUCACCAUGCAGGAGCCACCGGUGCCGUCCCGGGACUGCGGGUGGAGAAGCCCAUGGACCCAGCACAGCUGCUGCUCAAUGGCUUCCACCCACUGGGUCCCGCUGGGAGGAAGGGGGCGGUUUCAGCACCAGGUAAGGGGCUGCGGCCCUUUGCCUCACACCCGCCAGCGGCUCCGGUGCCGCUUUCCCCAUCCCCAUGUCCUCCGCCCCCACUGGCCCCUGCCUCCCCGCCACUGGCUGCGCUGGUGGCAUCGGAGCGGCUCUUCGGCUGCCUGGUGUGCCAGCGCUUCGGCACGGACAGUGUGGAGGAACUACUUCGCCACUCCACCGCUCCGCGCCGGCUGCCCGAGGCUGAGUGGAAGGAGGUGGCGGGGGAUCUCCACCGCUGCCGGCUCUGCGCCUACGGCACCCAGCUCAAGGCCAACUUCCAGCUGCACCUCAAGACCGACAAGCACGCCCACAAGUACCAGCUAGCCGCCCACCUGCGCGAGGGGGGUGGGGCUUUGCCCACCGCCACCCCCGCAGGGGCUGAGCUGCAGCCUGGCCCCGCCCCUGCCCCGCCCCCCCUCCACCUGCGCUGCAACCUCUGCGACUACGAGACCAACAGCAAGGAGAAGAUGCGGCUGCACGUGCGGGGGGCGGGGCACGAGGAGGGCGAGCGAAGCUACAAGUUCCUGCUGGAGUUGGAGGCGUCGGCACUGGGUCCCGACCCCCCCCACUUCCACUGCCUGCUCUGCAACACCACCGCUCCUUCCUGCCUCGCCAUGUUGUGCCACCUGCGGGCCCCCCGGCACCGUGACGCCCACGGCCAGCACCGCCUCCACCUGCUGCAGGGCGGGCGACCCACAGACGAGGGCACCAUGGCCCUGGAGAGAUGCAUCCGCCUGGCCGAGCCCGUGCCACGGAGCACCGGGAAGGAAUCAAACUCUGAGCCCAGGACCCCGGAGAAAGAGACUCUGAACAAAGCCCCGCCCCCAGGACUGGACGAGACCGAGACGAAGAGCCGAGCAGCCGGGGAAACCCAGACCACGGUGUUCUGCUGCCCGUACUGCAGCUAUGUGAGUCGGGCGCCGGCGGGGGUGCGCAGCCACGCCGUGUCCCAGCAUGCCUUGCAGCCGACCUACCGCUGCCCGCUGUGCCAGGAGGAGCAGCUGGUGGGCAGAGGCAGCCUGCGCGUCCACCUCAGUCACGUCCACAACGUGGUGCCCGAAUGCGUGGAGAAGCUGCUGCUUGUGGCCACGACUGUGGAGAUGAACUUUGCCACCAAAGUCCUACCCAGCCCCAGCCCUGCCCUUGAACCCCCCGAGACAGGAGCGGCCCCCAACCCUGAGUGCGGGGGGGAGUGUGAAUUGGCACCCACAGCGCCCCCUGCUGGAGAUGCUGCCACCUCAGCCCCACUCCCCCCUGCCCCCUCACCCCCUCCUGCCGACGACCCGGAGGAGGAAGCCGCUGUCCAGCUUCCGGCCCCCUCUGAAGAGCAGCAGCGCCCCCCCGAGACCUCGCCGGCCCUGCAGGACCCGCGGCACCCCCUGUCCUACCGGAAAGCCACCAACUUUGCCCUGGACAAGUUCUUGGAUCCGUCGCGGCCCUACAAGUGCACGGUUUGCAAAGAGUCCUUCACCCAGAAGAACAUCCUUCUGGUCCACUACAACUCUGUCUCCCACCUCCACAAGAUGAAGAAGGCUUCAUCCGACCCCACCGCCCCAUCCCGGGGCGACUCGGGGGCUCCCGGGGCCCCCCAACCCUCCUCCGACAAGCCCUACAAAUGCACCACGUGCCGGGUGUCCUACAACCAGAGCUCCACCCUCGAGAUCCACAUGCGCUCGGUGCUCCACCAGACCCGCUCCCGGGUGGUCAAGGCGGAGGCCGCCAGCAAAGGAGAGGCGCCGGAGGCGGGGGAGGUGGGAGAGGCAGCCCCGGCGCCCCCCACCGAAGCCGAGCCCCCCAAGAUCCUGGAGGUGCCAACGGCGCUGCCCUUCCCAGCACCGCUCUUCUCCCCGCCACUGCUGCCGCCGUUCCCGGUCGUGCCGGAAUCACUCCUCAAGCUGCAACAGCAGCAGCUCCUCCUGCCCUUCUACCUGCACGACCUCAAGGGGGCGCCCAAGCUUGCGCUGGCAGCGCCGGCCCUGGCCCUGCCGGCCCCAUCCGCCCCGCUGAUCCUGGCUCCGCCCAAGGAGCCGCCCCCUCCGCCGCCACCCCCGCCGCCUGCCCCAGCCAAACUGGAGACGGAGGAGGACGCUGGUGGAGAGGAAGCCAACGUGGCCUCCCACCCAGCGGCCAAGGCUCUGCUGGAGAACUUCGGCUUUGAGCUGGUGAUCCAAUACAACGAGGGCAAGCAGGGGGCGGGGGGCGCGGCUCCCCCUCCGGUGGCCCCGCUGCCCCGCCCGCCAGCCGAGAAGCUGCGGUGCGGGACGUGUGGGAAGGUCUUCUCCAACAUGCUCAUCCUGAAGACGCACGAAGAACAUGUUCACCGGCGCUUCCUGCCCUUCGAGGCCCUCAGCCGCUAUGCCGCCCAGUUCCGGAAGACCUAUGACAGCAUGUACCCGCCGGCCGAGGGCACUGCCCCCACAGAGACACCCCCGGUGCCCCCAGGCAUCACCCCUCUCUGCCCACCCUUCCUGAUGCAGCCAGUGCCGGUGGUGGUGCCCCCGGCACUGCCCGAAGCUGAAGGGCGGUGGGUCCGGGGUGAGGAAGAGGAAGCAGGGACAGACCCAUCCCGGGACGGUCAGUCAAGCCGGCGGUUCUCCCGCACCAAAUUCACCGAGUUCCAAUCGCAGGCUCUCCAGUCCUUCUUUGAAGCCAGCGCCUACCCCAAGGAUGGCGAGGUGGAGCGUCUCUCUGUCCUCCUGGGCUUGGCCAACCGGGUCAUCGUGGUGUGGUUCCAGAAUGCCCGGCAGAAGGCCCGGAAGAAUGGCGCCGAGGCUGGGGGUGCUGGAGGGGGCACCGUCACCAGCCAACCCAGCUGUAAGAAAUGCCAAGCCGCCUUCCGAUGCAUCUUCGACCUGGUGCGGCAUCUCAAGAAAUGCUAUGACGACCAGCCCUCAGCGGAAGGCAAUGAGGAGGAGGAGGAGGAAGAAGGAGAGGAAGAGCCGGAGGAAGAGGAGCCGGAGGAAGAGCCCGAGCCACCAGCUGAGGAAGAGGAGGAGGAAGAGGAGGAAGAGGCACCAAGGGGCGAUGGAGACCCCAAGGAAGAUCAACCAGUGAGUGAUGGAGCCAUGGAGCCCCUGGAGAGCAAUGCCCCCACAUUCUCCUCUGAUCCACCAGGAGUCCAUGGCUCAGCAUUCCUGGCCCCUCAUGACCCGCUGCCGGAGCUGCCCCACAGCCAGGGGGCCCCCAUGAAGAGGAAGCACGAGGACGGGAGCCAGUCACCGGGCGGCGGGAGCGGCGGCGAAGGGGAUCCUCCGCGAGACAAGCGUCUCCGCACCACCAUCCUCCCGGAGCAGUUGGACAUCCUCUACCGCUGGUACGUGCAGGACUCGAACCCCACCCGCAAGAUGCUGGACUGUAUCUCAGAGGAGGUGGGGCUCAAGAAACGGGUGGUGCAGGUGUGGUUCCAAAACACCCGCGCCAGGGAACGCAAGGGGCAAUUCCGGUGCAGCGCCAGCACCGGGAUCCCCCCCAUCAAGACCUCCCCAUCUUCUUCCUUGGCCAAGUUGAGUCCUGGUGGCGGGAUGGCCAACGUCUCCGUUGGUGGGACCCCCAACCUCUCUGUUGGUGGGACCUCCAAGGUCUCCAGCGGCGGGAUGGCCAAUAUCUCUGGUGGCGGGACCUCCAGUGUCUCCGGUGGCAGGAUGGCCAAUGUCUCUGAUGGCGUCUCUGACGGUGCGACAGCCACUGUCCUCUACAGCAGCAACCAGGCCGAGCCAGAGCCGUCAGAGUUGAACGAAGCACGGAGCCCAUCUGGCGGCGAUCUGAGUGAUUCUUCUUCCUCCUCUUCCUCCUCCUUGGCCGAUCCAGAGUCGCCAGGCGGGCAUGGGCCGGCGUCGGAGGGGGCGGCCGGGCUGGAUCUGCUGGGCCAGCGCCGCUACCGGACCCAGAUGUCCAGCCUGCAGCUGAAGAUCAUGAAGGCGUGUUACGAGGCCUACCGAACGCCCACCAUGCAGGAGUGCGAGGUGCUGGGUGAGGAGAUCGGCCUGCCCAAAAGGGUCAUCCAAGUCUGGUUCCAGAAUGCCCGGGCCAAAGAGAAGAAGGCCAAGGCGGCCUUGGGCGAGGGGGGCCCUGGGGCUCCCUCCGAGGGCCCCCCUGAGCCUCGGGCUGAGUGCCCCGUCUGCCAAGUCAAGUACGACUUCUAUGUCUCCUGCCGUGGCCACCUGUUCUCCCGUGGCCACCUGGCCCAGCUCAAGGAGGCCGUGCAGGCCCAGCUGCGCAGCGAGGGCCAUGAUGGAGCGCCAGGGCCCCCGCUCCUGCCCGUCCCCCCUGGAGCGCCUCCGGCAGCCGGUGCCACAGGCCCCUCCGCCGCCCCCAGCACCGGACUCCUGGGUUCCACACCGUCAGGACGUCCCUUACCUCAGAGCCAGCUCGGCUCGGCGCCGGAGCCCGCCGGGGAGACCCAGCCGGAGCCGGGAGCCGCCGGAGUGUCGGUCGCCGGAACCACCAGAGUGUCCGUUGCCGGAGCCGCCAGACCUCCCAGCACCGUGGCCAACCCCACCUCGCCCACCCUAAAGACCCUGAAGGGUUUGAAGCCGACGGUGCCCACCCUCCUGGGCACCCAGUUCCUGCCCUUCUCCGUACCAGCGGGCGCCCCAGCCUCCCUGUUCAGCGCCCCGCUGCCCGGCGGCUACUUCCAGCAGCUGUAUGGCAUGAAGAAGGGGCUGUUCCCCAUGAAUCCCGUCAUACCUCAGACCCUCAUCAGCCUGCUGCCCGCCCCCGAGGCCCCCGAGCCAGCCGGGGUCUCGACGGUGGACGUGGCCCACCGCUACUUGUGCCGCCAAUGCAAGGCGGCGUUCGAGGGGGAGGAGGCGGCCGCGGCCCACCAGGCCAGCUUCUGUUACUACGGCCAGCCGGCGCCGGCGCCGCUGCGGGUGCCCGUCUGCACCUACCACUGCCUGGCAUGCGAGGUGCUGGUAAGCGGGCGGGAGGCGCUGGGGGCCCACCUCCGCUCCAGCGCCCACCGCCGCAAGGCCAGCCCCGCCCCCGCCGCCAGCCCCGCCCCUGGCCCCGCCCUGGCCUUUGCCAAAGAGGAAGCAAAGUUACCUCACUCGGACCCCAGCCCAAAAAGCAACUCUACCUCGACCACGCUUCUAGCUUUAUGAACAGCGCGGGGUGCAACUGGAGAUGGGGGGUGCCUGGACCCCCCCCUGCCCUGGGGAACCGCCUCCCGGAACCCUCCACCCUGGGUGACCCCCAUCCUGGAACCCCCCAGUGCCAGCCCCCAAACCCCCUCACUCUGGGGAACCCCAGCCCAGGACUGCCCCGUGUCCUGAGGGACCCCCAACCUGGGACACCCACUGCCAGCUCCCAACAUAUCCAUAUACCCUCCCAACCUGCUCCUGGCUGCCUCCCCAAUCCUAAUGUGCCAACCCCCCAUACCCAAAUACCCCCUUGCCCCCCCCAUACUCCCAACCCAGAUGUAGAGAGCUGGCACUUCUGAGUGCGUGUGUGUGGGGGGGUGAAUUCAAAGCACACACCCCGCCUUCUAGGUUGGCGAGGUGCCCACACAUGUGCUAGGCGUGUUCCCAACACAGCUGGCCCCCAGACACCCCCUCCUCUCCGCAUAUGUGUGUGUCAGGCAUGUUCCCACCAUGCAGGCUCCCCCAAAGGCCUCCAGCCUUUGGUCUCACACAUGCUCCCCGUGUGUCCAUCCGUGUAUCACGGGUGGCUCCCCAGAUACACCCCAGAUUCUGCCCCCCCACACAUAACAUAAGACAGGGCUUCCACAUUAUCCACCCCCCACCUCUCUCUUCCCCCCCCCAGCCUCCCUUCCCCCCAUGCCAACUCCCAGGUACCCCCCCAGGUGCCCCCCCAGCACCCCAUACUGUUACCGAUCAAGACAGGCCAAAACCAAAACUCAACUCAACGGACAGCACGAGAGACAAACUCAAGGAAACGAAAAAUGGGGGGGGCAACUCUUGGUGCCCCCUAUCCGUCCCCCCCAUAUCCUGCCUCUUCUCCCCUCCAGCAUGCUCCGCCCAUUGUGUAUAGAACUCGUCGGGACGGACGGACAGACAGACACUGGCUCCAGCCCCAACCAAACAGGAGACCGGGGGUCCAUCCCCCCUCCGGUCUCUCUCCUCACGGCCGAGGGCUUCGCGGGACCAGCCCUCGCUCCCCAAUUUUUUCGGGGUGGGGAGGAGGGCGUGGAUUGACAGACGCUCCCCCACCCCCAUCCUUCGAAGGCUUUAAAAGAUCCCCACGCGCCCGGUUCCCCACCCAAAAAACCCCCAUCCAACCAAGCUGCCGGACGGGGAACGAAUUCACCCCCCUCCCGCCCGCCGCCCCGCGAAGCCAAAGCUUCUCCUACCGCGGCACCACAACCAAAAAUCCCACCAACCACGCGACGGCCCAAGCAAGGACCUAACAGACGCCCCCACCCCUCCACCAGAGAACUCAGCCCCAGGUCGCACCCCAACGUCUGAUGGCUGUUCCCCCUCUUCCCGGCCUCGUCACCGGGGCGGAGAUUUUAAAGCUUUUUUUCCCUGUGUCCCCCGCACCCCAGGACCGAGUCAUUUGUACGACGGGAAGGGGCCGUUUUCUGUGCCCACUCGUCGUCGCGAACCAAACGAACUACAAAGCGCGGGAGGGGGUGGAAAGGGGGGGAAUAAAACUUGGGCUUGUGCCCCCCCCGUCUCCAACCCCCCCUCCCCACCGGAGCACCAAAAAAACCCGGCGUUUGUUGUGUAUUUAAAGAAAAGGGGGGGACAAGGGAAAAGAUCCCCCCCAAAAAGGAAAUAAAAGGAAUUGAA